AUGAAAAAGGUUGUGUAAGAGGGUGAGAGAAGAACUGGAACAGCAGAGGAAACAUGGUCAAACACAUAUUUGCUGAUCUACUACUAUGGUCACUAGGCCAUGCACUUUAUGGAACUGCAAAAAUGGAUGAUGGUGAAAAGGGGCAAUCUUGGAGAAACCAGAACCUUGACUCCAUCCCUCUGAAUUUGGAUGUAGGGUUGAGGAGUCUUGACCUAUCCAAUAAUUUCAUCAGACAUCUGCACAAACUUGAUUUGCCAUACUUGGAGCAGCUGGACUUGAGCAGCAACCAGCUGGAGCUCAUCUCUGAAGGAGCUCUUGGAGACCUUGCUCUACUGGGGAAGUUGAAUUUGUCCAUAAAUGCACUGAACAACAACCUUGACAUGAACAGCAAAGGCCUCCAAUCUAUUGGUGGACUGAAGAGUUUAGACCUAUCCCUGAACAGUUUGGGCAAUGAAGCGGUGAAACUAUAUCUACGAAACAAAUCUUCACUUGAGGAACUUAAGAUGAGUGGGAAUUCUUUAACAUGGCUCACACACUACUUGUUCAAAGAGAGUGAAGGUCUAAGAAGCAUUAUCAUUGAUGACAAUCUCAUAUCAGCAAUUGAUAGGGGAACUUUUGAACCACUGGAAAAACUAGAGAAGCUUAAUCUGGCCAGAAAUAACCUUGCACAUAUAUGUGACUUUAAAUUACAGCGAGUUAAAUAUUUAAAUCUAAGUAGAAAUUCCAUUCAGUUUUUCAUUGCUGUUGAGGAUAACCACAUGUACAGUCUUGAAAUUCUUGACCUCAGUCAUAACAAACUACUUUAUUUCCCAAUUCUUCCAGAAUUCAACCAACUGAAAUAUCUUUAUUUACAUCAUAAUUUGGUGGGCACCCUAAAUUCAGAGGCAACAAUGGUGUUCGAGGCUAAUACACUUUACAAUGAGGUCGUCAGACAGGGUGAUCAUAGAAUUGGGAAAAAUAAACUCCACUCAACCUGGAGACUGAUGUCGUCACUAAAGUACAUUGAUCUCAGCUAUAACCACUUCACAUCUUUCCCACUGGAAACGUUGAGCCUUCUCUCAGCUUUGGAAGGGCUUGAUUUCGGUUUCAACUGUGUGCAAAGGCUAACAUGGAAUGUUCGCCAUGACAGCGCAUCCGAAUACUACAGACAGAUUUAUUUUCCCUCCUUGAAGUAUCUGAACAUGCAAAGCAAUGGAUUAGUAUCUAUUUCGCCACUCUUUUUCUGGGCACUCACACAAAUCGAGACAAUAAAUCUCCAAGACAACUCACUGCAGCCUUGUGGUCCCGUGGACCAAGUGCGCAGCUCCUCAUCACCGCAGCAACUAAACUUAAACUCAUCUUGUGUUGCCUUUGGAAAAUUAAGAACUCUCAAACAUCUAAGCCUUGAAGACAACAACAUAAGGAUUCUUCAUGCUAAAGCAUUUCAGAAAAGCUCUUUGGUCUCUCUCAACUUAGCGAGAAAUUCGCAUAUGGUUAUGCAGGCUGGCGCACUGGAGGACAUAAAGGAAACCCUCCAGUCGUUGACAAUCAGUGAAUUAAAUAGGACCGAUUCUGAACUGUUCUUGCCCUGCAUGCCAAUGUUAAUGCAUCUGAAUAUUUCCAACAAUAAUUUGAAUGCCUUACCAAACAAUUUAAGUUGCUCUCCUCUGAGAGAAUUCAACAUAAGGAAUAAUGCCUUUGUGUCUUUAAACUACUCUUUGAUUCGAGCUAUAUCAGGACAGCUUCGUGUUAUGCAUAUUAGUGGAAAUUACUUUUCCUGUUGUGACAGUCAGUGGCUGAGCACCCUCAGUAAUUCAAGUAUUGAAAUGCCUGACAUCACAAAUACUGAAUGCUUUAUUGGUGAUAGCAGUAUCCCAAUCAAUGAGUAUUUGAACAAUUCGUCACAAUACUGUUCACGUCACAUCGAAGGGAUUCACUUUGGACAAAUUAUUAUAGUUGUUCUGUUUGUAACUGUACUGGUAACAGCGCUCACUAUGUUCACUAGAAAAAUGUGUUGUCUAAAAAGGUCAUUCAUAGUGUGACAAACUCACUGUUCCAAUUUUUGGAUUUCUGGAAAGGUAACCACUGCGGGGGAGAUAAUUUCAUCUCCAAAAGGCGAGUGCUGCAAAAAAAAAAGGUUUGAGAACCACUGGGUUAAAUGCUUGAUAGUUUGUGUGCCUUUUGCCUUAAUAUUUGAUUGUGACUUUUGUAUACUGUACUUCUCUGUAUGAUGAUAUAGCUUGUUUUUU